AUGCCUCCGUAUUCCUCCCCGUGCCCGUUGAUCCCAGAUCUCCCCUCCAGCCCUGCCCGGCCGAUCGUUAAGGGUCUCUCGCGGCCGGGUGGUGGUUGCCACCAACUGGUGAGACUCAUCUUACGGUUUCCCUCUCCAGGAGGACCCGUCGCCGCACCAGCCACGGCCCCGUUUAGGGCUCAUCUCUCUCUCUCUCUCUCUCCGCGCGGACCCCGCCCCUCCCUCCAGCGGCCGCCAACCACCGACGCCACCGGCCGCCAACUGGCCCGGAUUGGCCCCCCAUGGCUCCCUCCCCGCCGGCCGCCAGGGGGUCCGCCGCGCUGGCGGACGGUGCCAGCAUCAGUGCCGCAGAGCCCACGGUCGCACCGUCGCGAAGCCCCUGCUCUGGCUCGCGCCGCCACGCCCGUAUGCCCCACGCCCACUGCCUACUGUGCAUCCCUCUCCGCCUCAGCAGCCAACUCCCUGGCCGGGUCAGGCCCGGUUCGCCUCUACACAUACUCUCCGGCCGCACUUUGA